GACCGAACUUCUACUUCUAACACCAUCGUGCACAACAAGGUCAAAGCAAGGUUUCUGCUUCUCAGGCUCCAUAACUCGUAUCGUUAGUGGCCAGUGUCCGGUGGGGCAUGAGACACCAUUUUCCUGAUUAGGCAAUUCUCAACUCUAGGAUUGCCAGCGGAUAACUCGGGAACUCAGUGACGAACUUUUUCAGAGUCAAUGAUAGGCUACUGCAAUGUCUUGUCGUGGACAAUACCCCGUCGGGGUCCGACUUGGCUAUUCGGACGAAAGAUGAUGAUAUGGCAUGAGAGGUAUAAAUACAGCGAGCUUCCAGUGUUGAAAUUUCUACAUUAUCAGCAUCUUCUUUACAAGCUUCAGACUCUUUCUUCUUAAACAAUCUCAUCAUGCCCGAUACCCUCACUCUCCAAGGCAAAGUCGCCAUCGUCACCGGCUCAGGCCGUGAAAACGGCAUUGGCGCUGGUAUUGCCCUCGCCCUCGCUCGAAACGGCGCCUCAGUCGUAGUAAACUACGUCUCCGACUCUUCCAAGCAUCGCGCCGAAAACGUGUGUGCCACUCUUCGUCAGGCAGGAGGAAAGGCCAUAGCUAUCCAAGCUUCAGUCGAUACUACUGAGGGAGCAAAGUAUCUCGUUGAUAAGACGCUUGAGGGGUUUGGGACCGAUCAUGUUGACAUUCUUGUGAAUAAUGCUGCGACGGCAUUUUUCUGCCCUAUUACUGAUGAGCCGAACGUCGAGCAAUUGACAAAGGUCUUCCAGCUCAAUGUUCUUGGAGCUUUUUACAUGGUCCACUACGUUAUUGCUCACAUGCCUCCCGGCGGCCGUAUCAUCAACAUCAGUUCCACCAACGCCAAACGAGGAAAUGUCGCUGUCUCUGCGUAUGCAGCUUCCAAAGCCGCUCUUGAUAGCUUGACGUGGACAUGGGCUGGAGAGCUUGGUCGCAGUAAAGGUAUCACUGUCAAUUCAGUGGCUCCCGGUCCUGUGAGGACGGAGUUUUAUCCCAAGGGACAGGAGGAUGAGUUGAUGAGGGCGGAGGUUGAGAUUACUAGAGCUGCUGAUCGGCCUGGAACGCCUGAGGAUAUUGGUGAUGCUGUUCUCUUGUUGGUUCAGGAGAAGUCUAGGUGGAUUACGGGGCAGUAUGUUGGUGUUAGUGGCGGCGUCACUUACUAGGCCGUUCGUAUUAACUUGUGAAAUGUCGUACUAGGAUAGCCAUUCUCCAAUAUCAGACCGAAGUUGCGUCAUCUCUAAUGGAGAGACAUUUUCUACCCAGA